CCCAGAGCGCCGCGAGCUAGAUCCACGCGGGUCUGACAGCCAGUGUGACCGGCUCUCCGCAGGCCCUAGCGGCCGGGUCCGCCUAGUUUAUCUCGAGUCUCACGAGACAGAUGGGUUCUCGGAAUCCUAUGCCACGACUCACUCGGUCUCUUCCUCCCCUUCGUGCCGUGUUGGCGGUGCGAGGGCCUCAGUCCCUGGUUGUGAGAGAUCUUGUGAGCGCGGAAUGUCACCUGAGCCUUGAACCUGAAGAACCACAUCUGAGAAAACCCUGCCUAUGUCUGCAGAGUAAGCUUGGAUCCGUCACGUUAUUCAGGGAUGGAGAGUCUUCAUCAGUCUUAAAUACGUUACCGUCAACUUACGAGAUGGCAUCUUUGCAAAGGAAGGGGCUGCAAGCAAGGAUUCUCAGCUCUGAAGAAGAGGAGAAACUGAAAAGGGACCAAACUUUAGUGUCGGAUUUUAAACAACAAAAACUGGAAAAAGAGGCUCAGAAGAACUGGGAUCUUUUUUACAAAAGAAAUAGUACUAAUUUCUUCAAAGAUAGACACUGGACCACCAGAGAGUUUGAGGAGCUCAGAUCAUGUAGGGAGUUUGAAGAUCAAAAAUUGACUGUGCUUGAAGCUGGUUGUGGGGUUGGGAACUGUUUGUUCCCACUUUUAGAAGAUCUGAAUAUCUUUGCUUAUGCCUGUGAUUUUUCUCCAAGAGCAGUUGAAUAUGUCCAGCAAAAUCCUUUAUAUGACACAGAAAGAUGCAAGGUAUUCCAGUGCGAUCUAACUAAAGAUGACCUUAUGGAACAUGUGCCCCCCGAGUCUGUGGAUGUUGUCAUGUUGAUAUUUGUGCUCUCUGCUGUUCACCCUGAUAAGAUGCACCUUGUCUUACAAAACAUUUACAAGGUAUUGAAACCAGGCAAAAGUGUCCUGUUUCGUGACUAUGGGCUAUAUGAUCACGCCAUGCUUAGGUUUAAAGCUGGAAGCAAACUUGGAGAAAACUUUUAUGUUAGACAAGAUGGAACCAGAUCGUAUUUUUUUACUGACGAAUUCCUGGCUCAGCUCUUUACGGACUCGGGUUAUGAAGAAGUGGUGAACGAGUAUGUGUUUCGUGAGACGGUGAACAAAAAAGAAGGUCUGUGUGUGCCAAGAGUUUUCCUUCAGAGCAAAUUCCGAAAGUCUCUAAAGAACCCAACUCCUGUGACCCUGGGCCUGGGUCACAGGUCCUGACCUUUCUUUCACAAGGUUGACUUUUAUGCCUCCCCUUGUAGAGGAAUGUUUAAUGUCAUUCUUUUUAUUUUCUAUAUCUUUGUAUUUUAACUUCUUCAAUGAGUAUGUAUAACUUUUGUAUUAAAAAGUAAAAAAAUAACACAA